UACGAAAAACGUAAAAGGUAAAUAUUGAUAUCUGAUAAAAAUUGUUUUUUAUUUUCGUUAAUAUUAUGUUUGUCAUUAAACAAUUAAUCUAAUAAUAAUUGAAUUGUCAAGUUAAAGUAAAAAUUUAGUUCAUUAAAGUGUCAAAAUAAUCCUUAAAUAAUAUAAUGGCAGCAAUCCGUAAGAAACUUGUCAUCGUCGGCGAUGGUGCCUGUGGCAAAACUUGUUUGUUAAUUGUAUUUUCCAAAGAUCAAUUUCCAGAAGUAUAUGUGCCUACAGUUUUUGAAAACUAUGUGGCAGACAUUGAAGUUGAUGGUAAGCAAGUUGAACUAGCGCUAUGGGAUACGGCAGGUCAAGAAGAUUAUGAUAGACUGCGACCACUUUCAUAUCCUGAUACUGAUGUUAUUCUUAUGUGCUUUUCAAUUGAUUCACCCGAUUCUCUAGAGAAUAUUCCAGAAAAGUGGACACCUGAGGUAAAGCAUUUUUGUCCUAAUGUACCUAUUAUAUUGGUUGGCAACAAGAAAGAUUUGCGUAAUGAUCCUAAUACUAUACGAGAGUUAAACAAAAUGAAACAAGAACCAGUAAGACCUGAAGAGGGAAGAGCCAUGGCUGAAAAAAUUAACGCAUUUGCAUAUCUAGAAUGUUCUGCUAAAAGCAAAGAAGGUGUUCGUGAAGUUUUUGAAACAUCAACUAGAGCUGCUUUGCAAGUAAAGAAAAAGAAGAAAGGGAAAUGUCGUUUGCUCUAAAUAUUUUUUUACAAAAAUAAUAAUAAAAAUAAAGUCCAACUGUUAUUAAAUUUCCAUAUUUGAUAUAAAAUUGUUGCAUAUUAGUCUUAUGAGCAUACAUAAUUUAUUUUGUCUAAAAUGUUUGGCUUUGUUAGAAUUAUUUAUGUUUAAUAAGAGACAUAAUAUUUUAUUAUCUUUUUUUUUUUAUAUUAUUUAACAAGCUUGUGGCUUUAUUUUCAGUGUUAAAUUUUAU